UUUUUGUUUGUUUGUUGACAAAGUGCAAAACAACAACAAUAACAACAACAACAACAACAACAAUCGACAAUAGAAGCCGCCAACGUGUUCACAAUUUCGUUAAUGCUGACGCCCACAGAGCAGGCCGUGCGCGUGUUGAUUGCAGCCCCUGACCAACAUGCAACAUGUGUCAGCAGCAGCAGCAGCAGCAGCAGCUACAGCAGCAACAGCUACAGCAACUAGGGAAACUGCCUCGACAUCUGCUCGAGCGCUUCAAGUGCUAAGAGACUUUCAGCCAAGCACCGAAGUUCGUGGGACUAAAGCAGCAUAAGAAGAAGAAGAAACAGCAAGAAGAAGAAGAGCCGAAAGAAGAAGGAAAAACAGAGAAUUUGACACUGCGAUUGCAGCUCGUUCCAGUCGAUCCCCAAGGUAUUUACAGUUUCCAUUCAUAUACAUUAUGCAUAAGCCAAGCCAAGCCAAGCCAAGCCAAGCCAAGCCAAAUCCAGCCAUGAAUUUUGGCUAGCAGAACUUCAGCUAGUUCAGCAACUCGUUUCCCCCCUUGCCCCGCUCAGUCAACGAUUCUCGAUUGUCGGAUGUCAGCGCACUGACAACAACAACAAGCAACAAUGAGCCACAACAACAACAAUCAAUCAAAAACAACGUUUACCAUAAAUUUAACUCAAGCAAUUUGCUUAAAAUUUCUCAAAUUCUUUACUUCGAUCCACCCUAUUUGAUGGGAUUGUUCGGAUUGUUCGGAGAAUAGAAGAGCUCAGUUCUUUUCUUUUGGGCUCGUACAUCCACAGCUUAUAAGCAUUACAGUAAGUAUACAGAUAUAUCAGCUAUCACUUUACAGCAUUCUCUAUCAUCUCUCUCUAUAUAAGUUCCAAAAAUUACUAGAAUUACUCAGACCUUGAUCAAUUCCUCAAGACUUUUCCAAACAAAACACCCAUAAGAGAAUUGCAUAUAAUAAUAAUCAUAAUAAUAAUCUUAUAUACAUAUGAAAUAUGCAUGAUGGGGACUAUUGACUUAUCCUAGAAGCUCUGUUUUAAAAGUAUCCCGAACUUUUAGGUUUUAUACUCUAUUUGCUAUGGAAAUAGAUAUAUAGGGUAUUUAUUGUUUUAUGAGAAUAUACAUAUAUGCGACAGUUUGUCUGGGGACCAAAAAUAUCGUCGCAAAUAACCGUACGGACGAUAUAAGCGGACGCAUUAUAACCGGAUUCUACAUUUAUCAAGAUCUUUAGUAUAUUUUUUAAUAAUCAGUCUUCGUUUUGACACUUUUCUAAUUUCUGAUAUUGCAGGGUACUUUUAUUGAGCAUGCGACAAGGAACUUCUCUCGACGGUUUUCAAUGUAAAAGUUAAUUUGCAAACAGACAUAUUCGAUGUUUUUUACCUUACAGAUUAGAUCCAUAGAGACUUAGUAAUAUUUACUUUAACAGAAACAUUUUUUUUUUUUAAUACUUAAAGCUUAAAAUGAAGUCAACCAUUUCUCAAAACUGCUCCUUCGAUGUUGGCUUUAUAUAAUAUUAAAAUAUUUCAAUUCUGUUCGGUUGCAACAUAAAUGGAGAGCUUGAUUGGAAAGUGGAGAGAGAAGAGUGGAGGGUACGCUAUGUCUGCUCCCACAAUCUCAUAAUUCACUUAAUCACGAACGUCGCUCAAGUUGAUCAAUUCGGAUCCGAUUGGAAUUCACUCAAUCCUUCAUCUCCUUCAUGAUUGGAGUGUAGAGAGUAAGCCCCGUUCCCUCACACAAACUCAUAAAUGAUAUAGAACUACUCCCAUAGAUCUAAAUCGAUUCAAUUGGAACUUACUCAAAUACUCUGUUCCCUGCAUUCAACUUCAGCCUGUUUCAUUUCCCAUACAUUCCCAACCAAUUCAUACAGAGAUCAUCGCAUCUCUCUCUCUCUCUCUCUCUCUCCUCUCUCUCUCUCUCUCUCGCUUUGGGAUUAACUAUCCUGUUCCGCCCAUUUAGUGGGCAUUGUUUCGCAAACGAUUUGCAUUCAAUUCAAACAUAUUUCAGAGGCCGCAAUUAUUUCCAGCAUUUUAUUUUUAUGGCUGGACGUUUGCUUUACAAUUUGUUUCCAUUUUUGAUUUUUCUCCUUUUCCUAUUUCUUUUUUUUUUUUUGUUUAUUUGUGAACAAUGAUUUGAUUUGCGACAAUGGCUAUCAAAGCGUCAACUGUAAUGUGUCUUGGGCAUUGGGCGCUGAUACAGAUGAUUGGUAUGAAUGCUGCCAGCUGCCAGCUUACAGCUCCUGCCAGCUCCUGCCGGGUCCUGCCAGCUCCUCCGAGCUCCUGCCAGGUCCUGCGAGCGCCUAGCUCCCCAUCGACUUACAACUUUUGUUUUUAUAGCAAAGUGUACGCUUCCGUUUCCGCUAGUCUCUGUCGCUCUCGCUCUCACUCUCUCUUUCUGUCGUUCUCUCUCUCUCUCUUUCGGAUAGCUCUUGUUGCUGCUAUUAUCUGCGCCCUUCAUCUCAAUGGCGCUGCCGUUCCGGUGUUGAGGGUCGUCGUCGUCGUUGUCAUUGUUGUUGUUGCUGUUGUAGUUACGGCUAUUGUUGUUGCUACUGCUGCUACUGCGGCUGCUGCUGCUGCUGCUGCUGUUGUUGUUGCUGUUGUCAUCACCGACAUUUAAAUUACAUAGCUUCGACAUGGUAGAGGGCCCGCAUUCAUUCAUGAGCUUGUUCCCGCCAGCUAUUUUUACACGCAAUUUCUUUGACUUUGCCGCCUUUGUUCGCUUUCUUUACUUACACAAAUUAAACUAGAAUCUAACUGCGGAUACUUGAAGGCUUAACACAUACCAGCACCCACCCACCCACACACACACACACAUACGCGCACGCUUGCGUACGCACACUCCUACACAGAUUGAUAGUCGCAUGGAACGAAUCGUGAGAAAUCAUCAGAGCAAAACUAUGAUAACACGACUCUACAACACCGAGGAGGAUCCCGCCUAUUGCUCCGUCAUCUGGGGCGCGAAUCUAACCAGCAGCAGCGACCUCGUCCUGGGCACCGCCACCAAUGCCACCCACAUUUACGCUAACGACUUGCGAGACGACCUAUAUGCGGAUGUGGAAGAUCCGCGCACCGAGGCUCUACGCGAAUACUGCUAUGGCCUGAUGCUGCCCAUCAUCUGCGCCCUGGGCAUCAUUGGCAACGUGCUCAACCUAAUUGUCCUGACCCGACGCAAUAUGCGCGGCACCGCCUACAUCUACAUGCGAGCCUACUCGACGGCCGCACUGCUUGCCAUUGUCUUUGCCAUACCCUUUGGCAUACGCAUGCUGGUGCACAAGGAUCGCGGCCAGUGGGAGGAGUUUGGACCGGCCUUCUAUACGGCCCACUUGGAGCUUUUCCUCGGUAACGGUUGUUUGGGUGUUGGCGUCAUGAUGCUAUUGGUGCUGACCAUCGAGCGUUAUGUUUCCGUCUGCCAUCCGGGUUUCACGCGACCCGUGAUGGGUCCGCCAGGCGUGGUUGUCUUCGUCACCUGCUUGGUGACCUUCAUCAUCUACUUGCCGAGCAUCUUUCGCGGCGAGCUCAUCAAGUGCAUGCUGACCUCGAACAACGUGUACGUGUAUCUCCGGCGGGACAACAACAUCUACCAGCGCACCAUCUUCUACUCGGUGUACAAGAUAAUGCUCGAGGUGAUCUUCAAGCUUGUGCCGACCGUCGUGAUCGCUGGCCUCAAUUUGCGCAUUAUGCUCGUCUAUCGCCGGACCUGCGAGCGCCGCCGUCAGAUGGUCCUGUCGCGCGCCACCUAUGUGAAGGACGACGAUCCGCGCAAGUUUGCCGAGGAGCGACGCCUAUUCCUGCUGCUCGGCAGCACCUCGAUCCUGUUCCUGCUCUGCGUCUCGCCCAUGGCCAUACUGCACAUGACCAUUGCCUCGGAGGUGCUGCCCAGCUUUCCGUUUCAGGUGUUCCGGGCAAUGGCCAAUCUGCUGGAGCUGAUCAACUAUUCGAUAACGUUCUACAUCUACUGCCUGUUCAGCGAGGACUUUCGCAACACGCUGAUGCGCACCAUCAAGUGGCCGUGGCUGAAGGGCAAGCUGUGCCACCAGGUGGAUGAGGUGAGUGCCACACCGCCAGCAACGGCUACAGCAGCGGUUUGUAAUCCAGUUUGCCCGACAACUCUUCACACAGACCACACAGGCCAUCAUGGGUGUUCCAAUGGUGCGAUUCGAAAAGGUGAACAUGCGUAAUCAUCACAUCACCACCACAUCCGGCAUUGGACGGUCCAGCAGCAUAUAGUCCCGGCCUAACACUCCCCAAUCCUCUGUAUCCUCGCCCACGCACUCACCCACACCCACUGCCACGCCCUCACCCUCGCCCUCGCCCUCGCCCUCGCCCCCCGUCACCAACUCCGCCCCCUCUCUUCGCCCUCGCUCCCAUCAUCGCGCACGCCCACCUCCUCGCCCUCGAUCACAUGCUCGCCCUCGCUCUCGCCAGCUACCACGCCCAUAACCUUACCCAGCCCAUUUCCGUCACCACGUCACACCGCAUCGAGCAACGAUCCGAGCGUGGUUUGAAAACGCCAAAUCCACUCGAUUGCUAUCAAUGAAUCAUCUCGCUAUCUACAUAUUAUUACCCAACUACCGGAAUAUCCCAACUACUCGCAAUACGUAAAUACGUAAACCUCUGGACGCAUCCACAACUCUUCAUGACGCAACAUUUUCAAUACUUUUCAUCUGCUUUGUUCGAGAUGUAACAGAAUUCUUUAUGCCUUUCACAGCUCUCAAUAGACCUUUUAACUCGAUUUUACAGAUUACAGACUAUAAACCAGACAGACCGAUCAAGAUAAGCAAGUUUGAGUUUGAAGUUUAGAUUGAGGAAUUUCCCACAGAGAAGAAGAAGAAAUAAUGCAUAUGAAGCACUCUACUCAUAUAUAUAUAUAAUCAACGAAAAUUAUUGGUGUUGUUCAAUUUCGAUGGUAGAAAAUGAAUUUCCAAGGAAAACUUAAGAAAAUAUACAACUUUACGGAUAAGAAAAAACAAAUAUGAAAAUCAAUAUUCAAUACAGGUUAUAAAAUUGCGAACCAAAGAAUUUAGAUAGACUUGAAGGGGAAGAGGGAGACCCUUCAAGGCUUAGAGUAUCGCACGGAAAGGGGAAUGAAGUGGGGACGUAAGACAGUUCAAACUCCGCACUAAAAUGCUUGGGGUAUGUUUUGGGGCUUAAAGCGACGAAAUUUGGAGUCAAGGUGAACGCGCCUAGAAACUAAGCGAAGCUUACAUCAGCAGCGAAAAAUAAGACAGAGAUACAGAGAAAACACAUUCAAUUAGGGAUAAUGCAAAUAUUAAAGGAGAAUAAUAUAGAUCAUAAAAGGUGAAGGGCCGAAUGGGCAGGGGGAUUCAUCGCAGAAGGGGGAUGCAGUGGAGUAAUAAAAGCAGACAGUCAAAAGACAGUUCAAGCCGAACUUGGGAGUAUAAGAAGAUUUUUUUUUUAGUAAAUUAAAACGAAAGAAUUUGGAGUCGAGGUGAAUGAAUCCAGAAACUGAGCGAAACUUAAAGCAGCAUCAAGACAAAAAUGGAGGAAAUCGAGUUAUAGUUACAAAUGAGAUCUAUCCAGAAUUAUA